AUAAAUGCACCGUCCUCAUCAGUAACGCGCCGGAGAAACCGAAUUCCCGGCGAGAAUCCCUCUCCUUCCGGCGAUUUCACGCCACCAUCACCACCAGUGCCUCAUAACUUAGCCCUACAAGUACUGUACUCUCUUUCAGACCCCAAUCGUCCUCUGACAACUCUGUUUCUAGAGAGAGAAAGCAACAAACAUGGGCUCCGAAUUGAUCUACAGGGGUCACGAGACCCAACCCGCCUCCGACGCCUACUCGCCCAAACCUCCCAAGCCGUGGCUCUCUGUGACUCAUCCGAUUCGCUACAUGCUCCGCGAACAGCGACUUGUUUUCGUCCUCGUCGGCAUUGCUAUAGCCACACUCGUCUUCACCGUCCUUCCCUCUUCUCCCGCCACUUACGGCGACGGUCACCGCCACAUCGCGAUUUCAGAAUCGUACUUCUCGCCAGAGCCAAAUCGCGCCACUCACUACCGAACCGGGUUCGGGUCGUUCAAUUCGGGUGGGAAGGUCCCGUUGGGUCUGAAACGGAAGGGCCUGAGGAUCGUGGUGACCGGUGGGGCAGGGUUCGUCGGGAGCCACCUGGUGGACCGUUUGAUUGCGAGAGGGGACAGCGUGAUCGUGGUGGACAACUUCUUCACCGGCCGGAAAGAGAACGUGAUGCACCAUUUUGGGAACCCUAGAUUCGAGCUUAUCCGACACGACGUCGUUGAGCCACUCCUCUUGGAGGUGGAUCAGAUCUACCACCUGGCUUGCCCUGCCUCGCCUGUUCAUUACAAGUUCAACCCAGUCAAGACCAUUAAGACAAAUGUGGUGGGGACUCUGAACAUGCUGGGGCUGGCCAAAAGGGUUGGUGCGCGGUUCUUGCUAACGAGCACCAGCGAGGUGUACGGUGACCCCCUGCAACACCCUCAGGUCGAGACUUACUGGGGCAACGUCAAUCCCAUCGGUGUCCGAAGCUGCUACGAUGAGGGAAAGCGCACUGCCGAGACGUUGACCAUGGACUAUCAUAGAGGUGCUGGAGUCGAGGUGAGGAUUGCUAGGAUUUUUAACACUUAUGGACCUCGGAUGUGCAUCGAUGAUGGUCGUGUCGUCAGUAACUUUGUUGCUCAGGCCCUAAGGAAGGAGCCGUUAACAGUUUAUGGCGACGGCAAGCAAACAAGGAGUUUCCAAUAUGUUUCAGAUCUGGUGGAGGGUCUGAUGCGGCUGAUGGAAGGAGAACAUGUAGGACCUUUCAAUCUUGGAAACCCGGGUGAAUUCACCAUGCUCGAACUUGCUCAGGUGGUUCAGGAAACAAUUGAUCCGGACGCCAAGAUAGAAUUCAGGCCCAACACAGAGGAUGACCCACACAAAAGGAAGCCUGAUAUCACAAAGGCCAAGGAUCUGCUUGGUUGGGAGCCUAAGGUGGCCCUUCGUAAGGGUCUACCUCUAAUGGUCUCUGACUUCCGGCAACGAAUCUUUGGCGACCACAAGGAAGGUGAUGGUGCAUCAUCUACCACCGUGUGAUGUCAUGUGGUAAAAAUACAUUUUAGAGUGAGAAAAGCAAACCCCAAUUCAAUACAGCACGGAUUACAGCUACAGUAGCUCCUUUAUUCUCCGCUGAUAGUUAUGAGCUGUCUCUCUCAACAUUUCCUUUAUUUUUCACUAGUAUCAUCCUUUCAAUGGCAAACUUGGCCGCUACAGAAGUUAUUUCUCUCCUUACUUUUUAUUUUUUUAUUUUUAUUUUUUUAUGUAAUUGGUGUUUGUAAGAGCAAUAGCAAUCUAUAUGUUUUCUAA